AACUUUAUUCUUAACUUCAAAAUUUUGUUCAUCUUAUUAUAUAAUGCAUAAUGAUACAUAUAAUUUAUUAUUUACUAGAAAUGGUUCAACCAUGAUCAAGUUGGACAUUGAUAUUCGAAAUGGAGGUUUAAAACUCGAUGAUGAAUUUUUGGUAGAUUUCGGCAUAGAGAAAGAUGACAUUUUACUUGCACAUGAAAUGCGUUAUCCAGGAGGUGAUUGUACAUCAGAUAUAUGGUUACCAGAAGAUUAAAAUACUCAUUGAUUCACAAUAUUUUUUUUAUUAGAAUUAAAAAUAAUAUAUUUUAAAAUUUAUAUAUAUAAUUAAAAAUAAUAUAUUUCAAAGUUUUUUAGAAAUAUUAAAUUUUAUUAAUUAUAAAAAAA